AUGGCGAUGAAGCGCAAGUUGUCCCCCACAGAGGCUGACCUCGACUCGGACGACCACCACAAACCCGACACCUCCAGCAUCACAACGGCGACAAGGCCGGAACCAUGGGCAGCGACGGUCGGCGCCGUGGCGACUGCACAGCCGGCUCGGAAACGCUUCGUCGGCGUCCGGCAGCGGCCGUCGGGGCGGUGGGUGGCGGAGAUCAAGGACACGAUCCAGAAGAUCCGGGUGUGGCUCGGCACCUUCGACACCGCUGAGGAGGCGGCCCGCGCCUACGACGAGGCCGCGUGCCUCCUCCGCGGCGCCAACACCCGCACCAACUUCUGGCCCCGCGCAGCCGCGCCCGCGGCCACCUCGGACGGCCACGGCGGGGCAGGGUUGGCCGAGAACCAUGGCCACCUCCACCACCACACGCCGCCGCCGUCGGCUCUCCCCUCCAAGGUCACCAACCUCCUCCUCCUCCGCCUCAAGAGAGCGCGCAGCAUCAGCGACGAACACAUUAGUGCAAGUGCCACUGCGCAAGAAGCACUUGGGCAGCAGCAGCAAGAGCAAGAGGAGUACGGCGCCGGCAGCUUCCACGUCGACGACUUCCUCAGCUACGACUCUAACGUCGACGAGCAUGGCGUCGUGAAAUACGAGGAGGACUCCCACUGCUCGCGAGACGCGGAGGAUGACGAAGAGGAUGUGUCCGUGGAGGAGGAAGAAGCGCCCUUGGACUUCGGGUUCAUGGACACGCACCCGUCUCCGCCUGGGGACGUCGGCGACGCGGGCCUUUUCUCACCGUUCGAGAUGAUGGCGGCGGAGAUCGGCGGGGCGGUGGAGGCGGAGGCAGAGGCUCCGGAGUACGGCGGUGGCGAGAACGAGAACUCGGCGGCAAUCCACGAGGUGAUGAAGAGAAUGACGUACGAGCGGAAGAUCUCUGCCUCGCUCUACGCGCUCAGCGGCGUGUCCGAGUGCCUCCGCCUGCGCCUAGGGGACGUCGGUCACGGGCUGGCGCUCUCCGGUCUGAGGGAUGCGUGCAUGAAGAAGCGGCAGGAACAAAAUCAAGAAGCGGUGGUAGAUUGCGUUGAGGGGGGCCAUGAGGAAAGCUCAAGCAGCAACAGCAGCUCGUCGUCUGAGGUAGCGAGCUGUUCGCCGGAGGCGGGGAUCUCGUCGCCGAACGCCGAUGCCGUCGACAGCGAUGUGGUGAUGUGGAGCUCCCUUGAUCUGGCUCCCAUCUGCUUCAUGUCAUAA